AUGGUGGGGAGCGACACGAUGGUGGUUGUCUCAUCGUCCAGACCGACCCCGCCGGGCUCGGCCACCACAGCCACCGCUAAGGAGGAACGGGAGGUUCCCAGCAAGGGAAUCACGGCUCCAACUUCUUCGAUGGCGGAACUCUUAGCCCGCGGUGGCAACUCGGGGGACCUUCAGGUGUCGUGUCAACGACCGAAGGCGGAGCCCGCGGCGGCAGAGCAGCAGCCCUGCGCCAACGGCAACAGCAGCGGUGCCGCCACCGAGACGGCGAUCGGCGACGAGACUGUCACCGGGUGUCCCUCCUCGCCCACCAGCCCGUCCUCGGGGCGUGUCCUUGGUUCGCCGUCGUCCUGCUCGUCUUGCGGCCACACGGCGUUGUCGACAUCGCCCCCGCUUGCCGCCGUUAGCGGCGGCGGCGGCGGUGGUGGUGGGUCGAGAGCGGCGACGGCGGCGGCAGCCGUAGCCGGACAGCGACCGAGAGCGAGCGGCUGUGCGGCGGCGGCGGCGGCGGCGGCGGCUCCCGUGUGUGAAAGCCUGACGGCCCCGCUGCCGUUGCCGGGCACUACUAGCAAGGCUGACGAUGGGAACGAUGACGGGCACGCGGAUCCCUCCGGCUCGUCUCAGUCUCGUCGAGCGUUUUUCCUGUCGUUUGACGAGGACGCAGAACGCUUAGCCGGCGGCGUGGGGCGGGCGAGCGAGGAGAUUGGUCAGUGUCGGGAUGGCGGUGGUGUGUCUGCCGUUGAAACGGCCGCAGGGCGAGAAAACCUCCCCGCUGCCGGAAGGGAUUUUUAUCCCCCCGCCGCCGCCGCCGCCGCCGCCGCCGCUUCCCCGCGAGCUGCUGCCGUUGCCGGUGAUAACGCGGGCAUCCACCACCACGACAACAGUGACGGGGAGAAGGCGUCGCUCUCCCAGCAGGUGGAGUCUCUGCUGGCGAGAGUGGAAUUCCUGGAGAAACAGCGAUCGUUCGAAGGGGCGGGGGUCGGGUGUCGCGGGAGCGGGAGCUUGUUGAACAACCGGCGGGGCUCCGAGGUUGGGUUCUUGCAGGAGGAGCACCCCGGGGGGGGAGGGGAUCGAGGGGCACCGCCGCUGAUCCUGACGCCCCCUCCGAGGCUAGGCGGCCACCGCGCUGGCGGGGGGGAGGGGCACCACGCGGUCGGGGUCAGCACGACGCCUUUCACGGGGCUAGAUGUUCUCUUUCGCACGCCCAAGCAACCGCAAGAAAGUGCGGAGCGAUACAGCCAGCACGUCAUCCACCCCCCGCUGUCCCCAAGCCGUGGGAAAACACGCUGGGCCGCCCCCCGCGUCCCCCCCACGGACGGGGGCAACAGCAACGUGGGCCACCCGGAGUCGCCGAGAAGAUCACGCCUGACUUGGUGCGCCGGAGACGGCCAGGAAGCCAUCGAAGCCAGGGGGGGCAGAGCGCCCCCGCGGGCCCAAGGGGAGGGGCCAGCGGUGCAGCAGCCACCGUCGCCCCCCCUUUACAGCCUGGGGGAUGCGCGAGGGAAGUGGGCGUUGGAAGCGAGGUCGCCCUCUGACCUGGGGGGUGACGGGAGGAGCUUGUCGCAGAAUGCGGCGCGCGACGGAGGGGAGGGGGGCGGGGGUUCGCGUCCCCGGUCUGCGACGGAGGGAGUGGCAGGGGGCGGGGACGGUGCGGGAGGCGAAAGGGGGAGGAGCCUGUUUUCGAGCGACCGACAUACCAGAAGGUCCGACCACGAAACGUACAGCCCCGACGGAUCGACAAAACGUGGCAGCCCCAGGCACAGGAGCAGCCCACGGAGCCCCCGGAAAAGCUCUCGAAUGGCUCACCGCUGUUCACAUGCACAGGGUGAGCAAGGUGCUCGUGCUGCCGGGAGCGAAGCAGUUGCCGGGGGGGAGGUUGGCGGCGAUGUUGCUGCCGACGGAGGUGGUGCUGGUGCGUUCGCUGAGGGAGGGGUGGCGGCGGGGCCAAUCUCUCUGCUGGGGUACUUGAGGGUGGAGGUGUUUGGAGCAGAGGACCAUGGGGUGGUGGAUACUCAGGCGAACCGCACGGUGAGAAAUUUCCUGACGGUCCCGAGGCAGCUAGAGAGGCUGCUGCUGUUCGGCAUGCUGGUCUGCCUCGACACCUUCCUGUACGUCACGACCUUCCUGCCAAUCAGGAUCGUCAUCGGUGUCGUUUCGUCCCUCUUCUCUCUCCUCACAAGACGUAGGAGACCGUCCGUGAACCGGCCGCUGGUGUACGACUGGAUGCGCGGAGCGACCUUCGCCGCCGCUCUGGGCUCCCUCCAGUUCCUGGAGAUGUCCCGCGUGUACCACUACAUCCGGGGGCAGGCGAUGGUGAAGCUGUACGUGCUGAUCGCCAUGGUGGAGAUCUUCGACAAGCUCAUGUGCUCCUUCGGGCAAGACGCGCUGGACUCGCUGUACCUGAGUACCGUGCACAAGAAGAAGCGGAGGGUGCUGGUGCACUUCACGAUUGUGUGCGUGACGGCGUGCCUGCAUAGCCUGCUUCUCUUCGUGCACGUCACCACGCUCACAGUCGCCGUAAACUCCUCGGACCAGGCUUUGCUGACCCUCCUAAUCUCUAACAACUUCGCCGAGAUCAAGAGCUCGGUGUUCAAGAAGUUCGACAAGCACAACCUGUUCCAGCUCUCCUGCCACGACGUCGUGGAACGGUUCAAGCUGGCGCUGUUCCUGGCGAUGAUCAUGCUGCUCAACGUGUGCCAGGGAGGCUUAGACGACCCGGUGGCGCAGUUUUCUGUCAUCUUCGCCAUGGUUUUCGGAGGCGAAGUGCUGGCGGACUGGAUAAAGCACGGUUUCAUCAUCAAGUUCAACCAGCUCACGCCCUCUAUCUACGAUGAGUACUCGACGAUUCUCGCAAGAGAUGUGGCGGCGUUCCGGAAGGAUGACGGGUCUACCCUCGACCACACGCACUUCGUCGCGAGACGGUUGGCGUUCGCGACGGUGCCCCUGAACUGUGUCAUGAUUCGAUUCGUUCAGAUGGCGGUACCGAAGCUGUUGCAGAGGUUACCGGAUGCGCCUCCGUCUGCUCUGUGGGUUUCGGCGAUCCUUUUCUACUUGAUGGCACUCGCCCUCAAGGUCUUGACGGGCAUCAAGCUGAUGGCCGACUCGUGCACGCUGCACCCGGAGGCCGUGAUCUCGAGCUCGGCGGCGGCGUCCUGGCUUCGCUCGCCGGUGCAUGGCGCCCACAAGACACGGAAAGAGCUUUCGCUGGAGAAGCUGUCGACGAUCGAGCGUUUCACGCUGUGGAAGGGGAGAAUAGUCUAAUAAAUCGUCCUCCCGUGGCCGCGUCGCGACGGAGGGUACGUGCUGUGCCUCGGAGAUGUGAAACCCUUCUUCGUAGGCAUGGGUGAAGCCACUUCGAUAUUCGAUGGGCAUCUUCGAUGGGCAUCUUCGAUGGGCAUCUGGGGCUCUUCGUUCCGCCUCCCGGACACGUGUGGUGGCGAAGGAAGAUGGCUGUGUUGGCUCUGGGGCCGCGAUAGCCGAUCUUUCUUCGUAAGGGGCGUGGAGCCUUUCACCACGCACGUUGAUUGCCGACGGGUGGGAAUGACGAAAUGUGUUUGGUUCUUGGCAGCUGGCUGGUGUCGAUUCGGCAUAUGUUUUCACGAUUCUAGUGCUGCCGCCGAGGCUUGUCGGACAUCACUCCCCCUCUGGGCUUGUGUCCUUGUCGGAGAGUGCAAAGCCCGUGAGGGCUAGGGGGUAGUGUGGGCUCGUUUUGGCCACGUGCAUAUGCCCUCGAACCCGGCCCGGCUGUUUCGAUUCAACGGCAUCACAGGGAGGACACAGCAACGCCUUGUGUGACAUUGCUUUUGGCGCAGUUGUCGACUGGCCGGCCUCGCCAGUAACCGUUACACGUACUUCACGGUUGUAGUUCGCCGGUCGCACGAGCGACCGGGAUUGUCGGGUAUUGAGUCCAUGAUACCUGCGCUUGCUUGAUAAUCUUGCCCCCCCCC